UUUAAUAUACAGCAACAGUUUACAUGAAUAAAAAAGGCAAUACCGCCUUUCGGCUGCGAUGUUUCAACUGUCAUGGCUAGCAUAACAAAAGCGAACAUUGUUAUCUUUUAAAUGCUUUGGAAAGCUAUCUUCAAAAGUACUAUUAACAUUCUAAUGUCAAAUUGUCUGUUGAAAGGAAAGUAGCAAUUCCAUUUGUAGAAUAUGUCUGGAACGUCAAGAAAAAGAAAGCGCAAGAGGUCUUCCAAGGAAGACGAGGGAUCCAAAGAUCAACGAAAGGAUGACACAUCCAAAAGAAAGGACAAUGAAAACCGAAGUUCUAGCCAAUGUACAAAACACAGAGAAGGUACUGCUCGUGUUGAAGAAGAAAGUCGCCAAAUCAAAAAGGCUGUCUACAAACUCCAUACUACAGAAAAAACAGACAAGAGACGGGUGUCUCAGGCAGAUGUGGCCAACAAAGCGGAGCCUCCAAUUGCAAACAAAGAUAAGGUCACCAGUGGUAGUAAAAUCAAGGAAAAGAGUCCAUCAAGAUCCUGGCACAUCAGAAAGCGAGCUAGAGAUGAUCUGAAAGACAAAAAAGACUCCAAAUAUGAUUCCGAUGAAAAGUCUCACUACAUGAGCCCACCUAGACUAAAAAAGAAGCAAACGAGUCCCAUUUACGUUUCAGCUGAGCAACGGAAACAGUGCCAGGAUUUGCUGAAGAGUAAAUGCAAAGAAUUGCACAAGAACCAGAAAGAGAGCAAAACUAUCAAGACCGAAGAACAAAGCCAGACCCUUCCUCACGCCAAGGACUCGAUAAGGGACAAGCAAACAGAGAUAAUCCAAGAGACCUCUAAGAAAAGUCCGGAACUGUCCUUGGAAGAAAAAGUAAUCUUGGAUAGAAGGAAAUCCGAAGAACAGUUCUCUCAUUCAUCCAAGCCCAAAGUGUCCUUUAAAAUCGCUAAGGUGUCAAUUGCUCGGCCCAAAAUACCAACAAUUCUACAUUCUAGUUUCAAGAUUCCAAAGAAGGUUGAACCAGAGCUAGUGGAGGCAAACACAAAAGACAACAAGAAUGAUGUUACGGCUACAAGCAGGACAGCCACAUGUGGGAGUGAACACAGUGUUUCUGAGGCAGCCACAAACAGCUUGAAACAUGCUCAUAGCUGGGAAAAAAAAGACAAGACUUCAUCUUUGUUAUAUGUCCCUCCCACUACAAGUGAGGUCUUGGCACAGCAGAUGCAAGUGGCAGAAGAGCUUCACCUUGCCCGCUUUGAGAAGAGAUUAGAGGUGGAUGUAAUGCAGAGCUAUGGAGAGCUCACCUGUAUGGAUAUAGACCCCCCAGAAGAGAGGGCGACAAGUACUCUCUGUGCACAUCCUGCUCAGCAAAAUGUAAUCCUUGUUUUGGACACCAAUAUUCUCCUUAGUCAUUUGGAUUAUGUGAAAAAGAUGCAACAUCGGGGCCUUGGAGCUUUGGGUUUGCCAAUUGUCCUAAUCCCCUGGGUGGUGCUUCAGGAGCUGGAUUCUCUCAAAAAGGGGAAAGGCCUCACAAAUUCCGUGGCUCAUCUGGCUUGUCCCGCCAUUUCCUAUAUCUAUAACUCUCUGAAAAGGCGAGAAAGACACCUUUGGGGGCAGUCAAUGCAGCAGGCUGCUGAAAGUAACAAUAGUCUUAUGGCUGAGAAUAAUGAUGACAAAGUGCUGCAGUGCUGCCUUCAGUAUCAGAGUUUGUACCCAGACUGUGCUCUCAUUCUGUGCACAAAUGAUAAAAAUCUAUGCACCAAGGCUGUCCUUAGUGGAGUUCAGGCCUUGAGCAAGGCCGACUUGGAGGCAGAGGUUGAGAAAUCACGACACGACCUGAAGCACCUCCAAAGCAAUGUGCUCCAGAGGCUUCCUGAAAUGGACGCGCCAAUGCCCCCGCUAAUGCCGGGAAGCAGUUGCACAGCAGCGCCGUCGCUUACUCAAGAACGUCUGUCUUUAUGUCUCCCAAAGGAAGAUAGCAAAAGCCCCAGAGUGGAAGAGGACAAGAAUAUCGAAAGAUGUGUCUCUGAGCUCAAGGGCUGCCUGCAGGAGGUGCUGUCCAAUGUGCUCGAGAUGGAGAUGAAAGCUUCUUAUGGUGACUUAUGGCAAGAGAUCAUCUACAUCAAGCCGCCCUGGGAUCUUCUUGACAUUUUACAUUGUUUGAAAAAGCACUGGAUAGCUGUAUUUGGCUUCAUUGUCCCACGACCUUUGCUGCAAACAGUUAUAAAGCUCAUCGACUUCUUUAAACGAGGUCAAUCUAGGGACCGUAGUUCAAUUUUGGUGACUGUUCAAGAAGCAAAGGAGUUUGUCAAGGAAUUUGGGAAAAGGGUCAGCCUGGUUCCCAGGGCACUAACUGCAAUGAACAACAUCAUCCAGAAGCUACAACCUCAGCCUGAAUCAGCCGCCAGUGAUGUUGUAAUGAACGAGGAUGACGAAGCCAAACAACCACCGUCCUCUCAUGUCCCUCACCAAGAGGUCUGGGCCAUGUUUGAGAACAUUUGGUGUAAAGUCUGUGAAAUAAGCAUGGAAGUGUUCAAAGCUCUGGCCUUUGACCCUCAUACCAGACAGAGUGCCUUGUCAGUUGGAGGUCCUGCUCCACCACAGGAUGCCGUUGUCUGUCUGAGCCAAAUAUCCUCCAUGGUCUCGCAGCUGCUCCAAGCCUUUAUCGGUGUUCUGUGCUCUUCUGCCGGUUUGCGAGAAGUGCAGGAGCUUCUCAGCACCAUCAGAUCCAAUAAGAUGGUUGAUGUUAAUUUCCCACUGGCGGACACGGACCUACUCUCUUGUUUCUCACAAACCGACUAUAGAGAGAAACUGAACAUUGGUGUGAACCAACUGACAGAGCUAAAGGAAGCCUUGGACCACUGUGUUCAGACCACAGCUCAGCACGUCAACCUAAACAUGUAGUCAACCUUCACAGGACCAGCUCACGACUCAGGUUUGACUGACCAAUGUUAUGCUAAACUGUGGGAGUGCUUGGUGUGUUUGCAAUGAGCUCAAAAAGGGAUCCAAAGUGAGUUCUUGUUGUAGCUGGACACCUGGAUAACUCGGGUGUGUAGCAACCAGUCUGCUACAGGUUUUGUUGUCCUUGUUCUCCAUCCACAAUAUUUGUUUAUAUUAGUUCUUUUGAAAAAUGUACAUAAAAUAAUAUCCGUUACAUUGGAUUGUUUCAGUUAUGUGGACAAAAACGCAGUCCGGAAAGCUUCGAAGGAGUUUUGUAUUUUUGAACUAUGAAUGUGCUUUUGUUGAUUUAAAUACAGAUGAACCUCGAUUUUAUGCCAAAUUUGGGUUGCGCGUUAUUUAGAAAGUGGAAUAAAAUCAGAAGCAUGCAUACGAGCGUAUCGGGAAAUACCUACCAAGCAUACGUGCUUGUAUAUCUGACAGAUUGAGAAUUGAGGUCGAUUUGGUCGUGACAUCCUGUUCCGCACGUAAUCCUGAGGUCACGCAUCUGCUGUCUGCUCUGGCAUUCUGUUGAGGUCAACUAAGCAGGAAGCACAUCUGUGGUUGUCUUGAGAAAUUGGUGGCAAUGAAAGAUCAGACUUGACCUUAUCUGUGGAUGAAGUAAGGUGCUAAAUAUACAGUAAGCCACAAUCAAGGCUUGCAGUGUGUUCAGUUACUGAUCGUCUGGCAACUUUGCCAUCUCCAUCUCAUGAUUCCCAUUUGAACUAAAAGUCAAUGAAUUAGGACACAAAUCAAAUUGAAAUGAUUUAUUAAGAAAUAUUAUAAAUGUGAGAACGGUCGUCUUCAUAACACUCCUUCCAGGAAAAAGAAAAAACUGUCAUUGUUUGACAAAUGCCAAAGCAGACAUCUUUCCAGUAACUGCAUCCACAAUCACAAAAACUAAGUUAGAAGCUUGGCUCUGCAUGACACCAGCAGA